GUUCCAACUCCCUCUUCUUUGCCCGUGGUGGUUUGUUCCGAGGAGUACAGAUAAAUAGUCUUGUCAAAAGGCGCAGCUAGCGGUUGUGCGCGCGGAGCCCGGGCCGGGGCGCCGACUUCCCGGCGGCUCUCCGGGGUCAGCGGCAGGGCUCUCUAGCAGCUCCGAGCCUCCCGACCCAGGUCUUUAGUCCUCCUGGGAGUUCUGCCCAGCCCCCGCCUCCGCGAGCGAGAGGAAGGCGGAGACCGCUAGACUGGCCUGGGGGAGGAGGGCGCACGCGCGUGGGCGUCGGGGAGGCAGCGAUGUCCACCGGCUCGGUGAGCGACCCCGAAGAGAUGGAGCUUCGGGGGCUGCAGAGGGGGUACCCGAUCUCCGCCUCCAAGAGGCCGCCCCUCCGCGGCGCCGAGCGCAGCUACAUCUCGCCCAGUGACAACUCGUCGGCGGAGGAGGAAGACCCCGACGGCGAGGAGGAGCGAUGUGCGCUGGACGCGCCGGGCGGCGCGGGAGGCUGCAAGAGGAAGCGGCCCCGUGUGGCUGGCGGCGGCGGCAAGAAGCCCCUCCCGCCCAAGGGCUCGGCCGCCGAGUGCAAGCAGUCGCAGCGGAACGCGGCCAACGCCCGCGAGCGCGCUCGGAUGCGCGUGCUGAGCAAAGCCUUCUCCAGGCUCAAAACUAGCCUGCCCUGGGUGCCCCCCGACACCAAGCUUUCCAAGCUGGACACGCUCCGGUUGGCUUCCAGUUACAUCGCGCACCUGCGGCAGCUGCUGCAGGAGGACCGCUACGAGAACGGCUACGUGCACCCGGUGAACCUGACAUGGCCUUUCGUAGUCUCGGGAAGACCCGAUUCAGACACCAAAGAAGUUACCGCAGCCAACAGAUUAUGUGGGACCACCGCUUAGAUCGAACUCGAACUCACUUGAUGGGAUCUUGUUGAAGCGCGAGUGUUUGGGGAUCGUGGAGAGAAGAGCGACAGCGUGAGAACCCCCAGAGAAUGGGAAGAAAGUUCCAUUGGAUUCUCCUAGAUUCUCCCUUACCCCCAGAACUGUGAACACUGAAGGUGGUGGGCGUGGGGGCAGAACCCGAGGGGUGGCGGCGGCUGUCACCAAGGGCUCUGACUGUAAGGCUUCCGCGGAUCUGGGAGAAGAUCCGUUGCUUCUUCAAAAAGAGCCUCCUUCGGUCUUGAGGGCGCGGACCCAGACUCAACCAGGGCUUUAGUGUAUAGUCUAACCCCUGCACUGUGGUCUGCGCCCAGAGUCAAAAGGCCUUUGUAAUUGGUUUCCAAGCUGAGCCAGGUGUUUGUAUGUGAGGGCACGACUCUGCACAACUCAGCGUGUUACGGUUAGGCCAAGUUAGAACGCGCUCUGGAGGAUUGGCUUUAAAGACAGAAGUCUUCCCGUGAGAUCCACAACGGAGCAUAUUUUUAAGUUGUAAAGGGAGAACAGUGGCAUAUCUGGGUCACGUUUGUGUUGCACGGGACAGCGCCCUUCCAGUGGACAGACGUGCGCUCUCCGCACCGGGAGAUAUGGAGGCCUGCGUCCAGAGACCACCUGGGCCGAAUUUUGCCCACGGCGCUCCGGCUGAUGGCCUCCCUGCUGCAGUUAGCCCCCUCCUCCCCGAUUGCUCACCUCUUCCUAACCAAGUUUGGGUCUACCCAUCUCUCCUUCUGGGCUGGAGCCACGCAGCUCCCACCCCGACCCCCGAACCAGGCUCCUGUCUCUUCGGGCCUCCCUCUACUCCCUUUUCCUGCACCUCCUUGGAGCCACCGAUCCCCGAUUCCUGACUGUUCUCGCCUGGCCUCCCUCUACAGCUGCGGUCGCCCCUUCCUCCAACUCCCAAGUUCUCCCAAGCCGCUGGGAGCCCGCCACGUAGGCCGCCGAGGCUGUCAGGUGUCUAGUGACAGCAGCUCCCAGACGGCACUACCACAGUAAUUAGCAAAUGUAAAUAAAUUUAUUUUUUUAUGAAUAAUAAAACGCAUUGUGAAAACCGAGUGCCCCUGCGCGCAUGAGAAUGUGGUCGUUGUGCCUUUUACUAAGUUUGGUCUGGAAGUUAACGAUAAAGGUGCCCUCUUGGCUGUGGACGGAUUAGGUCCUUGUCGGUGGAAUGGUGAUGAUCGCAUUUGCAUCACUGCGUUUCCAAGUACAACUUUCAUUAAUUUUUAUGAUUUUAUUCUCCUCGAGGCAAGGGUUACUGGAGGGUCUUGGGCCCCAAGUGUCUUGGGGCUAUGGCCACGUUGAAAGGUAUACACUGUACAGAGUAACAUAAGUACACAGUUUUCUUACACACACACACACACACACACACACACACACACACACACACACACACAAUGAUGCUUUGUCCACCCUAAAGCACACUCCAGUGCUUAUAAUUGCAAGUAGUCCAAGAAGCCCCUACAGCCCACACACUGGACCGGGGGAUGGGUCUCAGGUCUUACUGCUGGAAUAAAACUAUAACACAAGGCACCAA